AUGGACAUGGGGAGAGAACGGCGGCCUCACUCAAGGGCAUCUUCAGUUGAUCUUCUUUUUUAUGCGCCAAGGGAAGAGACCCAUGAUCGUUGCCGGCACUGUCACCACUGGAAGGGGUUGGGGGAGGGGGGAGGGGGGAGGGACGAGUUGACCCACCUAUGGUGUGCUGCAGGUGGCACCAAGGGAGAGAGGAGCAAGUCGUCCCCAUAG